AUGUCAACUGGCAGCUCGUCUAGCCCGUCCAAUUGGGUUACGGGUAGUUACACGGGUAACAGCGAUGGUCUUCGCAUCACCAUCACCAUAUUCGUGGUGAUCGCCUGGUAUAACUCUAUCGAGCUAAUGGUUCUCAUCUUCUCGAUUUUCAAGCAGUACAAAGGGAUCUACUUUUGGAGUUUGCUGAUUUCGACCGCGGGGAUCCUCCCCUACUCGAUCGGAUUUUUCAUGAAGUUCUUUGAUCUGACUUCAGCAAUCUGGGUCUCCUUGACUCUUGUCACGGUUGGGUGGUGGACCAUGGUGACCGGGCAGUCUUUCGUGCUCUACUCCAGACUACACUUGGUCGUUCAAAAUACAAGGCUGUUGAACUUCGUCUGCUGCAUGAUCAUUGCCAACGUUUUUCUGCUUCAUGUCCCGACCACUGUAUUGACAUACGCCGCCAAUUACGAGCAGUCAUAUAAGUUCCUGCAUGCGUAUAACAUCAUGGAGAGAGUCCAAGUCGCGGGAUUCUGCGCCCAAGAACUGAUCAUCUCGGGUAUCUACAUCUGGGAAACUACACGCAUGUUAAAAUUGAACCCCAACCGAGACAACCGUAACAUCAUCUUGCAAUUAUUCAUGAUGAACCUGGUCUGCAUCCUGAUGGACAUCGCCCUGAUCGCUGUAGAGUGCGCAAACUACUACAUCUACCAGACCACGCUGAAGGCUACCGUGUACAGUAUUAAGUUGAAGAUUGAGUACGGAGUCUUGAACAAAUUGAUCUACAUUGCGAAGCAAUCGGCAGGAAGACCAGCAGAGGACCCUUAUAUUGAAUUGAGCCGACUCAGCCCCAUUGCCAAUUCUGAUGCUACGCGCACAACCACACAGUCCAAGCCGCGUCGUUCUAGCAUCGAGGAUAUUAGCUUCCGUCUACGUUCACUGGUAGCGUCGCGGCAUUGCCGCCAGGAUCGGUGA